GCCACAGCAUCCAGGAGUCUCUUACCACGAGGUCCUUCAGCUCCGAGUUCUUUCGUAUACAGUUCCUUGUUCUGUUGAACAGAACACCAAAUUUUGGCCUUUCUGGUGAUGGUGAGAGGGAGGGCGCCCCGACGCACUCUGCUGCUGCUCUUACUCGGCGCCUUCGCGGUCCACUUCGCCUCGGCCCUUCAGCAUGACCUCGCUCCUCCGACUGGCCCCAGCCUUCGCCGAUCAACACUGGCAAGCUCUCACCCACUGAAGAACAAUGAAGGGAAGGCCAACGUUUUGGUCGAUGGCAGACCCGAAGACCCAGUAUCGGUUGCUGUUGGGCAGAGGAACCGUGACGUGAACGCACGUCGACUGCUGAGACGUAGCACCUCAGUGAUUCCUGGUACUCGUCGUCUCGAUAAGCAUUCUGACGAAAGGCGCAGUGAUUCUCAACGCACCGGUGAACGUCUAGACGCUCGAUGGGUUGGAGAACGACGUCGAGACACCUCACAAGUUGAAGAACAUCGUCUAAGCACUCGCCAGCAUUUGGACACUCGGCGUGCUGAAGAUAUACGGCUUGGCGCUCGCCAUGUCAAGGAACAGCGUCUCGACACUCGACGACAUCCAGAUGUUCGAACUACUGAAGAACGACGCCUAGAUAGUCGUCGCGUUGCAGAUCGACGUUUGGACACUAGACACUUCGGUGGUUCAUCUUCUAAUCCUGAAACACGCCAGCUUGGGUUUUUGACAAGGAGACUUUCAUAUUAUAGAGAUUCUGCUAAAAGUUCCAGAGAGGCAGUCUCAAGGGAACUGCAUCAUGUAGAUCGACGUUUGAGUUCUAGAAGAGCUGAAGAAAGAUAUUUAGCUUCCAGGGCCUCUGAAGAACGUUUGAAUCCCAGGAGAGAUUCUGAAGAACGACGUCUCGGUUCCAGGAGAGCCUCUGACGAACGCUUAGAUUCAAGGAAAGCCUCUGAAGAACGGCGUCUAGAUUCCAGGAGAGCUGAAGAACGACGUCUGGAUUCCAGGAGAGCCUCUGAGGAACGUUUCGAUUCCAGGAGAGCUGAAGAACGACGUCUGGAUUCCAAGAGAGCCUCUGAGAAAAGUCUCGAUUCCAGGAGAGCUGAAGAACGACGUCUCGAUUCCAGGAGGGCUGAAGAACGACGUCUGGAUUCCAGGAGGGCUUCUGAGGAACGUCUGGAUUCCAGAAGGGCUUCUGAAGAACGUGUAGAUUCCAGGAGAGCUGAAGAACGACGUAUGGAUUCCAGAAGGGCUUCUGAGGAACGUCGUAUGGAUUCCAGGAGAGCCUCUCAGGAACGUCUGGAUUCCAGGAGAGCUGAAGAACGUCGUAUGGAUUCGAGAAGGGCUUCUGAGGAACGUCGUAUGGAUUCCAGGAGAACUGAGGAACGUCUCGAUUCCAGGAGAGCUGAAGAACGCCGCAUGGAUUCCAGGAAGGCUUCUGAGGAACGUCUGGAUUCCAGAAGGGCUUCUGAAGAACGUCGUAUGGAUUCCAGGAGAGCUGAAGAACGUCGUAUGGAUUCCAGAACUUCUGAGGAACGUCUCGAUUCCAGGAGAGCUGAAGAAAGACGUCUGGAUUCCAGGAAGGCUUCUGAGGAACGUCUGGAUUCCAGAAGGGCUUCUGAAGAACGUCGUAUGGAUUCCAGGAGAGCUGAAGAACGUCGCAUGGAUUCCAGGAGAGCUUCUGAGGAACGUCUCGAUUCCAGGAGAGCUGAAGAAAGACGUCUGGAUUCCAGGAGGGCUUCUGAAGAACGUCGUAUGGAUUCCAGGAGAGCUGAAGAACGUCGUAUGGAUUCCAGGAGAGCUGAAGAACGUCGUAUGGAUUCCAGGAGAGCUGAAGAACGUCGUAUGGAUUCCAGGAGAACUUCUGAGGAACGUCUCGAUUCCAGGAGAGCUGAAGAAAGACGUCUGGAUUCCAGGAGGGCUUCUGAGGAACGUCUGGAUUCCAGGAGAGCUUCUGAGGAACGUCUGGAUUCCAGAAGGGCUUCUGAAGAACGUCGUAUGGAUUCCAGGAGAGCUGAAGAACGUCGUAUGGAUUCCAGGAGAGCUGAAGAACGUCGUAUGGAUUCCAGAACUUCUGAGGAACGCCUCGAUUCCAGGAGAGCUGAAGAAAGACGUCUGGAUUCCAGGAUGGCUUCUGAGGAACGUCUGGAUUCCAGGAGGGCUUCUGAGGAACGUCUGGAUUCCAGGAGAGCUGAAGAACGACGUCUGGAUUCCAGAAGGGCUUCUGAAGAACGUCGUAUGGAUUCCAGGAGAGCUGAAGAAGAUUCGUCG